GUGUAUAAAGCGUUGCACGUGAGGUUCGACCAUCAAAAGUGAUGAGUCUGAAAUAGACAUCUCCACUGGGAGCUUUACUGAUAUAUACAACUAAACGGACCGUUGGACAAUUGUGUCAUCAGAAAUAAUAUUUGUGGAUUUCAAGACGUGACGAUGUCGGACAUGUCGGUGGAUAUGAUGUCAUCUGAUUAUGAAGACGAUUCGUUUUCGUCAAGUUCGCAUGAAAAACACUUACAAGUAAAACUGAUGAAGACAGAAGGGGAUAUCUGUUUUGGCUGUGGUGACGUCAUAGCGGAUCGUUAUCUGUUGCGGGUGAGCGGGCGAUCGUGGCACGUGCAAUGCCUCAGAUGUUGCGUGUGUCAAACCCAGCUGGAAAGACAAUCGACAUGUUUUAUCAAAGAGGAUAACAUCUAUUGCCGAGUUGAUUACACAAGAGAGUUUGGCGCUAAGUGUGCAAAAUGCCUACGUCAUAUUCAACCAAACGAUUGGGUGCGAAGAGCACGCUCUCAUGUCUAUCAUCUGGCGUGCUUUGCGUGCGACAGCUGUAAACGUCAAUUGUCCACGGGAGAAGAAUUCGCUCUCCAGGACAGCCGAGUCCUCUGUAAAACUCAUUACGUUGAGAUGCUGGAAGGAGGUCCCGCUAAAGAUUCGGACAGCAGUCAGAAGACAAAGACGAAGCGGGUGCGGACCACAUUUACUGAGGAACAAGUCCAAGUUCUUCAGGCUAACUUUCAACUGGACAGCAACCCAGAUGGUCAAGAUCUCGAGAGAAUCGCGCAAAUCACAGGACUUAGUAAGCGCGUGACUCAAGUGUGGUUUCAGAAUUCCAGAGCGAGGCAGAAGAAGUAUCAACAGCAACAACAGAAGGGAGACAACUCUACCGGAAGUAUCAGCCCACGUGACACACUCACCAUAAUAACGAGUCAGCAUAGUCCACAGUGGUCCAGCGGUGAAGAGUGUGGCUCAAGCAGCGGCCUUUCCUUCAUGGAGUGACGUCAACGUGACCUUGACACUGACUUGUGGGCAUACAUGCAAUAUCUAGAGCUACCAACACAAAGUGCUGCCAUGACAACCGAAGUGAUGUGGUGAUCGUAAUAUUUAAAGUGCUCUGUGAUCAUUGAGAGAAUGAACCUUGGAUCAGCUGAAGUUGAAAUAUGGAUAUUUGGGAGACAAAUGCAUGCACGUGAUUUGCCCUAAAAGGUCAUCGUGACCUUUCCUUACCUGCUGAAGGCGAUCGUGCGGGACGUAUUUCCACAUCUAUAAACUACAUGAAUUAUAAGAAAAUAUUCAUCAAGAGUUACAUGGACUUGAACAUGUCUGUUUUUUCUGGUGCUUGUUAAUUUUCUCAUUGCUGUAUUUGUUAAUGUUAGUUAUCGUGCCGAAUGUACAUUUGUAAAUAACAGCCAUUUGUAUAUAAGAUAGAUAUUUAUUACAACCCUUGCAAGAUCGUAGUUCUUCGUGAUCGAUUGUCUUACGAUACCGUCGCUCUGAUUCGAUUUCAAAUCGAUGCAGUGGAGAUGACGGGUGUAUAUUUAACGAGUUCUGUUUGCCAAUAACUUUUUGAACUUGAAACUAAAAAGUUACA